UUUGUUUAAAGACGCCUUUUCGGAUGUUCUACCUUUGUUGGAAAAAGUUUUUGCUUGAAAUAUUAAUACUUCGUGAGACCGUUUACUAAACGAGGGAAAUAUUUAUAAUACAAAAAAGGGAAAUUAAGUUAAAAUAUAAGGAUAUUAUUGGAAUAUCCAAUAUCUUUUGAUAAAUACUUUACAAAGCAGAUUUGACAUUCAAAUGGAGGAAAGACAAGCAGAGAAUUCAAUUCCUGUAAACUUAGAGGAUACUAAUGAGGUUAUAGCUAGUUUAGAAAUGCUCAGUGUGGAUACCAAGUGUCCAUCACCUACAGAGACUAAGAGAGUACUUAGAAAAAGGAUACCUAAACUUGUUUCUACAGAAGUUUCUAACAGAAGAUGCAGUCGUAGACCAAAAAAAAGGGUAAAUCGAUACAAUUUAGAAGAGAACAUUAAGGAAUAUUAUUUAGAUAAAAAUAUAAAAAGGCAACCAAAUGAUCUUGAAACAAUUUAUGAAGAGAACGAUGGCCCAAGUGACAAUUCUAAAUAUAUGAGUGCAAAGAGAUUCAAAAGAAUGUUAUUGUUUGAUGCUGAGCCUUUAGCUUCUAAGUUGAGAAAAAGACGUGCAAGAAUACAGAAAAUUUUUGGAACCAAGGUUACAAAAAACUACAACAAAAGGCGUGUCUCAAUGCAGUCUGUUCUGGAUAAAUUAGAUGGUAUUAGAAUAAACUCACCAGCAGAAAUAGAUAUCAAAUGAUGUAAGAAAUUUAUUUUUGUUGCAUUUAAAUACAAUAUCAGACUUUACAAUUAUGGGGCUUCAGAAGACCGGAUGUGUCAUACUUUUUAGAAUAUUGUGAAUUUCCUUCUAUGCAUUUUCUCUAACGGUGUGAAAGAAAUUGUGUGAAUGAAAAGAAAUAUUGAAAUUAUAACUUACCAUAUUUCUAUGUAUUAAAGUCAUAUGAAGAUAUAAAAUGCUUUUUACAUGCAUUUGAUGGAAAUUUCUAUAUUUAUGAAUUUAAACAUGCAUUGAUACAGAAAAUUAUUUAGUUGUAAGAUAUCGCAAAACAAGCUUAUUGUAUCAAAAUAUAGUUUUAUAUUAAUUUUUGAAAUUUUUUUCACUUAACAUUAUAGGUAUAUAUACGGAGUAUGAAAAAUGAUAAUGUACUUUCUAUAUAUUUAAACAGAAUGUUCGUACCACAUUGCAUUUAUAGAUUAGUUUAAGAGUUCAUCAUUU